UAUUAUUGCCAUACUCUUUGACUAUGAGUGCCUAUCCCGAGGUAAUAUCGCAUAAUAUUUACUUUGAUCUGAUCAUGAAACUAUAUGGACUUCAAGUGUAUAAAUAGCUGACUCACUUCUUUUAAAUAAUGGGAUCAACCACUUGUUUCUCUUUUUUUGCAAUGAAGCUCUUUGCUAUUGCCUCCUCUGCCAUUUUAGCUCUUGCUGUAAGCACAGAAUUAGUUGCUGCUGAGUGUAGCAAAAUGUAUGGACAAUGUGGUGGUAAGGACUGGAAAGGUCCUACAUGCUGUGAAGCCGGAUCCCAUUGUGUUAGCUCGCCUGGUAAUCCAUGGUAUUCUCAGUGUCUCCCUGAUUCAGGUUCAAGUAACAGCAGCAAUAAUGGAAAGAAGCCUACAACAAUCACUACAAAGCACAAGCAUACCACAACCGCCAGUCAAAAGCCUAAGCAUACUACAAGCUCAAAUAAGGGCAGCAACUAUUCUGUCAUUCCUGGAGGAAUUUCUGGCACGAACGCAGCCUCGACUCAAUAUUGGGACUGCUGUAAGGCUUCCUGCAGUUGGCCCGGAAGAGGCCCUGUCACUGCUCCUGUAAAUUCUUGUGCCAAAAACGGCGUGACUCUUAUGGGCAAUAACGUUUUAAGCGCUUGUAAUGGUGGUACCAGUUACAUGUGUAAUAACAAUCAGCCUUGGGUAGUCAACGAUAAGCUUGCCUAUGGUUUCUCUGCAACCGUCAUUCGCGGUAAAAAUGAAUCUGAUCUAUGCUGUGCCUGCUUUGAGCUUACUUUUACAAACACCCCGAUUGCUGGUAAAAAGAUGAUUGUUCAAGUGACCAACACUGGCUCCUAUCCCAUGAGUGAAAGCGCUCAUUUCGAUUUACAGAUGCCCGGUGGAGGUGUUGGCGAAUUCAAUGCAUGUACAUCUCAGUGGAAUGCUCCACCUGAUGGCUGGGGAAGAAGAUGGGGCGGUACUACUGAUGUUUCUCAGUGUUCACAAUUACCUUCUGUACUUCAACCAGGUUGCAGGUUUAGAUAUGGUUGGUUCCAAAAUGCAAACAAUCCAACCUUGGCCUAUAAGCAAGUCACUUGUCCUAAAGAACUUGUUGCAAGAACUGGCUGCCAAAGAAAAUAGCUGAACUUUUCAAAAGCGUGUGUACAGUCUAUUGUCAUGAAAAGACUCAUUUUAUCAAAUAAAAAGCCUUUAUUGUUAUGAAUAAAUGUUGCGCCAUCAAGUUUAUUAACGCUUUGGACUCUCGUUUACCUACCUCUUCUUUUAAUGUAACUCGCCAUCAUCAAAAUUAGGG